ACAACAACCCUGACGCAGCUUUCUUCCUCGGCCGCCUGCUGCGACGACUCCUUGCCUGCUAUUCUCUGCUCACUUGAACUUCCCGCAACAUAGGAGAAGAAGAAGAUGGUAAGGUUGAGAGACUCUAUGGACUUGCUUCAGCGGGCAAAGCUUUCUUUCAUGACGAAGAUGGAGCAGUCGUGGAACCAUUUCCACCCCAUAAAGCACUGCAGGAACCAUGGUUGCAGUCGAAAGAUUUCAUUCUUUGAAGGCGGUAAUCUGUUCGAAAGAGCUUUUGGGAUGCCUAUUUAUCAAUACAUAAGCCAGGAUGGAGAACUUAACCAAGGAUUCAACAAGGCAUUAAGAGUUGAACAUGUUGCCAGGGAUAUGUUCUUAAACAUUCCGAAGGCAGAUGCUCUCAUGGUCAAGGAUGUGCUGCAUAAUUGGGGUGACAAGCAGUGUGUGAAAGUGCUUAAAAAUUGCUACAAUGCAUUGCCAAGCCAAGGGAAACUCAUUAUAGUGAACUAUGUGAUGCCUGAGGGAGCAGAACCAAGCAACUUGGCCAAACAUGUCUCCCAACUCGAUGUCAUAAUGUUUAUUCAUCAAGGUGGAAGGCAGAGAACAGAAAGAGAGUUCAAGGUCCAGUGCAAGGCCGCUGGAUUUUCUGAUUUUCAUCUUGUUUAUUGUGUUUAUAAUGGCGUGGGGGUCAUGGAGUGCUGCAAAUGAAUCCCAUCAAUGCAACGGCUAGGCCUGUAAUGAAUAAUUCCCAUCCCAUGUUAGUGAUAUGCCUCCACUGGUACAUGUCGCACCUCGUCUUCAUUUUUCUUUCCUUACCUUUCUUGGCCUUUUGGCUAAAAUCAAGUGUAGUAUCCCCACCAGUGCAUGCGUCAAGGGCGUUUGUCUUUCCAUUUGGGUUAAGCGUGUUUGCUUGUAUAAUUUUGUUCUUGAUUUGCGUCGACUUAAUAAAGAGUUUAUAUUUAA